ACUACAUCAAGUCUGGAAGUGGGAGGGAGGAGGCAGGACUUGGGAAGCAAAACAUGGCGAAAUAACAAGUUUGGCUGUUAGCUGCAGUUUUAACCUGCACCUCAUCCCCGCAGUGUUGGACUAGAAUUAUUCAUUUUUAUAAAACUUGGACGGUGGGAAACGAAAGCAACGUUAAAAAGUCGAAAGAGUCGAGGCCCAAGCUGACAAGGCGAAACCCCGGUUAGUGCCCGUGUGCCUCCCGUGUUUCCCCCGGAAGGUUGGCGGUGCUAGGCGCGACUGACUGACAACACAGAAAAUGGAUGAAGAAGGAAAGUUUAUUCUGGGGAAAGAUUGUUUAGUCUGCUAGCUUAGCAGCGUUAGCUCCAGCCAGUCGACGGCGUAAAUCGAACGUACGCACCUGACUCGUGCGGUAUUUGGGUUUGUCGCGCGCUCCGAUUGAAAUAAAAAAAAAAGAGCAUUCAAGUCAAGUAGUUCUAAACAAGUUUGACAACUGCAGCCGCAACGAGAUUGUUGUUAAAACGCGUGUCUGGUUUUUCGCACCUUUCCCUGAGUGAUACAGUAGGAGGACAUCUUUUUUCUGACUCAUAAUAAUAAUGACAGUCUGACAGUCGGUUCUGGUGCGGACGGACCCGGACGCCAUCGUCACAUCAGACGUUGCGUUCUCCUUAAAAAAAAAAACGACCACUGCGUUACCGAGCCAUUCAUGUUGUGCUGGACUUUGUCGGCGUAUUAUUCCAGAGCCAAGCCAAACCUAUGUGGUAGAGUUUAUUUCCUUUUUUAUUAACGUUGUACGCAUUUUUUUUCCCUUCUGAAAUACAACGUUAUCUGGGAUGCUGGAGAGCAGCAGAGACGUCUCGUCGAAAUGAACGCAGCAAGGUGUCCAACAACAACAUUAGUGGAGGUGCAUUGCAUUGAACGCCUGCCAAUUGUUGGAAUUUUACGGUGACGUUAACACUCUGUGGCAAACCUUCCGUUCGUUUAGUUUAAUGUGCUUCGUUUUGCUGAUACUGUGCCCCUGGGUUUGUGUUUGCGGAGAACAUCGCAGCUCUCGGCCAGAGUUGACGUGAUCUUGCUCGCUGGGUGCGUCUGUGCCAGCUCCAUCAUCUGCGAUGUGUUUGCUAAUCUAGCACCCACCGUGUUGUUCCGCUACACUUUCAGCAUAACUGGCUUUUCUGUGAACAAGAUAAGCCCCGUCAAGCUCGCCUUGUUUCCCCAGCUACUUCUUAUUUAAUAUCUGGCCAACUUGUGAGCCAACGUCACAAGUUUCGCCAGCUAUGUCUGAAAACGCCCCCACACGAAGCCUGGACGACAUAGACCUCGCAGCUCUGAGGGAUCCAGCAGGGAUCUUUGAGCUGGUUGAGGUUGUCGGAAAUGGGACAUAUGGACAAGUGUACAAGGGCCGUCACGUGAAGACGGGUCAGCUGGCCGCCAUCAAGGUGAUGGAUGUCACAGAAGAGGAGGAAGAGGAGAUCAAAGCAGAAAUUAACAUGCUGAAAAAAUACAGCCACCACCGCAACAUAGCCACAUACUACGGUGCCUUUGUCAAGAAGAGUCCACCAGGACAUGAUGACCAGCUCUGGCUGGUGAUGGAGUUUUGUGGAGCGGGCUCAGUGACCGACCUGGUAAAAAACACGAAAGGCAGCUCUCUGAAGGAGGACUGGAUCGCUUACAUCUGCAGAGAAAUCCUGCGGGGCCUUUCUCACCUCCACGCUCACAAAGUCAUCCACCGAGACAUCAAGGGCCAGAAUGUCCUUCUAACAGAGAAUGCAGAGGUCAAACUCGUUGAUUUCGGGGUGAGUGCUCAGUUGGACAGGACUGUUGGUCGUAGGAACACCUUCAUCGGCACACCGUACUGGAUGGCACCUGAGGUCAUCGCCUGUGAUGAGAACCCUGACUCCACCUAUGACUACAGGAGCGAUAUCUGGUCCUUGGGGAUCACUGCUAUUGAGAUGGCAGAGGGAGCACCUCCCUUAUGUGACAUGCACCCAAUGAGAGCCCUCUUCCUGAUCCCCAGGAAUCCUCCUCCAAAACUUAAAUCCAAAAAAUGGUCCAAGAAAUUCAUUGACUUUAUAGAGGGCUGCCUUGUGAAGACGUAUCCCAGCCGGCCGUCCACAGAGCAGCUGCUCAAGCACUCUUUCAUCAGAGACCAGCCCACUGAGCGACAGGUCCGAAUUCAGCUCAAAGACCACAUUGAUCGCACGCGCAAGAAAAGGGGUGAGAAAGAAGAGACGGAGUACGAGUACAGUGGUAGUGAUGAAGAGGAUGAAAAUCGUGGAGAUGACCGAGAGUCAAGUUCGAUCCUCAACGUGCCUGGUGAGUCGACCCUCAGGCGGGACUUCCAGCGCCUGCAGCAGGAAAACAAAGAGCGCUCGGAGGCUCAUAAGAGACAGCAGGCCCAACUGGCUGCUCAGCGCCGCGACCCUGAGGAACACAAGAGGCAACUGUUGCAUGACAGACAGAAACGCAUCGAGGAGCAGAAGGAGCAGCGCCGCCGACUCGAAGAGCAACAGCGAAAAGAGCGAGAGAUGGUGAGGCAGCAAGAAAAGGGUCCCCACCGGAGACUCGACGAUAUGAGACGGGAGGAAGACAGAAGGUUGGCUGAGAGGGAGCAGGAGUUUAUCAGACACAAGUUAGAGGAAGAGCAGCGGCAGUUAGAAAUCCUUCAGCAGCAGUUGCUUCAGGAGCAGGCUCUGCUCAUGGAGUAUAAGCGCAAGCAGCUGGAGGAGCAGCGUCAGUCAGAGCGGCUACAGAGGCAGCUGCAGCAGGAGCAUGCUUACCUGGUUUCUCUGCAACAACAGCAGCAGGAAAAGAAGCCCCAGCUCUACCAUUACAACAAAAACCUGGAGUCAAACAACAAACCUACAUGGGCCCGUGAGGUGGAGGAGAGAAGUAAGCUCAACAGACAGGGCUCUCCGAAAAUCUGCACCACUGUCUCCGACACUGCCAUCCAGUCACGCUCGGACUCGAUCAGUCAGUCAGGAGUGGUCCAGUCUGCUCAGACACCACCAAUGCAGAGGCCCGUUGAACCUCAAGGAGGGCAGAGCAAGUUCCAGAUGGCUCACUUGGUUCCUCUGAAGCCUUACGCUGCUCCCGUUCCUCGCUCCCAGUCUCUCUGUGACCAGCCCACUAAGACCAUGUCCGCCUUCCCCACCCAGGAUCCCUCCCUCACUCCCGCCCCCCGUCCCAUCCACUCUAGAGAGCUGGUGCGUCAAAACUCAGACCCCACUUCUGAAACCCCGGCACCACAGGUGCAUCAAAUCAGAGAGGAUCGUGGGCCCUGGAUCCGCUUGCCCGAUGUCGAGCUCCCACCUAAGAUUCCUCAGAGGACAGCAUCUAUCGCCACGGCUCUCAACACCAACCUCACAUCUGGCAUAAGGCAUCCAGUGAGAGCCAGCAAUCCAGAUCUCAGCCGCAAUGAUCGCUGGGAAAGAGGAGACAGUAUGAGCAUCAUUUCCAAUCUUCCCCAGACGGGCUCUCUAGAGAGGCAUCGCAUCCUCGGUUCCUCCAAAAUGGAGUCGCCCGUUCUCUCUCACGAUAGUCGCCAUAAGCCAGGAGAGUCCCGCACUUCUUCACGCCCUGGGCGUCCUGCUAGUUACAAGAGAGCUAUAGGGGAGGAUCAUGGCCUUUUUGCCAAAGAGCGCGCCGAGGAGCAGCCAAGGCCGCCAGUGAAGGCCAACGAUUACUCCUCGUCCUCCGAGAGCAGCGAGAGUAGCGAGGAGAGUGAGAGCGGCGAGGGAGCAGAGGAGGAAGAAAGCCCCACAGACCGUCACAGGGAUGCAGACACCGACUCCGUCAACACAAUGGUGGUUCAUGAAGAUGAAGGCGAGGCCGGAGAAGGAGAGCAAGCUGGAGGCUAUGGGGAUCAGACCAUGCUGGUGCAGAGGACCCCAGAGAAGCGGAGCCAUAAUGGAUACACUAACUUGCCUGAUGUGGUGCAGCCCUCCCACUCCCCCACUGACUCAGCCACUCACUCUUCCCCUGGGAAGGACUCUGUUUAUGAUUAUCAGUCCAGAGGUUUGGUUAAAGCAUCUGGAAAGUCCUCCUUCACCACCUUUGUGGAUCUGGGCAUGUACCAUUCACCAGGAGUUACAGGGGACAACAUGUCUGUCACCGGCUCCAGGUUUGAGCAGCUGAAGAUGGAGGUGAGGAAAGGAUCCAUGGUGAAUGUCAAUCCCACCAAUACACGCCCGCCAAACGACACGCCAGAGAUCCGCAAGUACAAGAAGAGAUUCAACUCUGAGAUCCUUUGUGCUGCACUUUGGGGUGUGAAUCUACUGGUGGGAACCGAGAAUGGUUUGAAGCUGCUGGACCGCAGUGGUCAGGGCAAAGUUUACCCCCUCAUCAACUCCCGCAGGUUCCAACAGAUGGACGUCCUGGAGGGCCUCAACCUGCUCAUCACUAUAUCAGGCAAGAAAAACAAGGUGCGAGUCUACUACCUGGCCUGGCUGAGGAAUAAGAUCCUCCACAAUGACCCUGAGGUGGAGAAAAAGCAGGGCUGGACCACAGUGGGGGAGAUGGAGGGCUGUGUGCACUACAAAGUGGUGAAAUAUGAGAGGAUAAAGUUCCUGGUGAUUGCUUUGAAGAAUGCGGUGGAGGUGUACGCUUGGGCUCCCAAACCCUAUCACAAAUUUAUGGCCUUCAAGUCAUUUGCAGACCUGCCCCACAGGCCAGUCCUGGUUGACUUAACAGUGGAGGAGGGCCAAAGGUUGAAGGUCAUCUACGGCUCUUGUGCCGGUUUCCAUGCCAUUGACGUUGACUCUGGAAACAACUACGACAUUUACAUUCCUGUGCACAUCCAGAGCCAAGUGACACCGCACGCAAUAGUGUUCCUGCCCAGCUCAGAUGGCAUGGAGAUGCUGCUGUGCUACGAGGAUGAGGGCGUCUAUGUCAACACCUACGGACGCAUCAUAAAGGAUGUCGUCCUGCAGUGGGGCGAGAUGCCCACAUCUGUUGCUCAUAUCUGCUCAAAUCAGAUUAUGGGCUGGGGAGAAAAGGCCAUAGAGAUCCGUUCUGUGGAGACGGGCCACCUGGACGGUGUCUUCAUGCACAAAAGAGCCCAGAGGUUGAAGUUCCUCUGUGAGAGAAAUGACAAGGUGUUCUUCGCGUCGGUGCGGUCUGGAGGCAGCAGCCAGGUCUACUUCAUGACCUUGAACAGAAACUGCAUCAUGAACUGGUGAAGGAUCGGCUGCUCUGGUCAGUGUGUUUAGAAACCAGCGGGGUUUGAAGGAAACGAGUGCAUCCGAAAAUUCUCGCCAGCGCAUGCACACGCACACAAACACACACACACACAAAUGCAAACACCUCUCUCGCUUUCUCUCCAGCUCACUCUCACACACACACGCAGUCAACACACUCACACAAAUAAACACCAGUAAUAUCUCGGUCCAUUCCACUCCGAAGCUGAGGCCAAUACGAUCACAUUCUCCAUGGAAUCAUCAUGAAAAAUCACUGAUCCUCACAUGUUGAUACCAUCUGUUGAUUUCUACUGUAUAUAUUCUCGUCUCGAUUUACUUUACUUGGUGGACUCGUGUUUAGUCGUAACUAUUUAGUUCCUUAUUGUGAAGUACGUUUAAAAAACAAAAACCCACACAAAAACCCCACAUUCCUUGAUGGUUCUACAGUAGGUAUUGAGGAAGGCAUUAUUUACCAAUACUGUAUGUUGAAACUAAGCUGUAAAUAGUUGAAUCAUUUACAGGCCUCUUAUACGGCCUCUCCAUUAAGUGUGUUUUGCCACUGGACACAUGGUGGAAAAAAAAAAAAAAUGCUGGAACACCCUCGCUGUAGUGGCAUGUGCACCCCCCCCUCCGCCUCAGUUGUGUUGGGGGUGUUUUCACAAUUACAGAAAGGCUUAAAGGAAGGAAAAAAAUAUUAGAAUGUGACAUGGUUAUCAAGGAGUGUCGUUAAUCUGAAGACUUAUUCGCUCUAACGUCAGUUUUCUUCUUCAAAGUCUUUAAUGCCUCAAAAGCAAAAAUAGAUUUCAGUUUAAAAACCAAAAUAAUCAAAGUGAUCACUUUCAAAUCUCCCACUUCUUUUCUGUUUUAGCUCAAAUUAACUGACUCAACUGGCUUGUAUCUAGACUUUGAGUUUGUAGAAACCUUUGAUAUUUAUACUGUAUGUAGUGAUUGUAUUGGUAUUAGCCUACUGGUAUUCUUCAUUUUACUGUAACUAUAUUGCCAUUAUAUUGCAAUAUACUCGUGUAGUCUUUGAAAGAGGAGAUUCGCUGCGUUUUGGCUGGUGUUGUUCGGCGACCGCGUCAGAGGAGACGGUGAAAGGAGGGCGUCACUGAGGUUCCAGUGAUGAAGGGAGAUCAUUUUCAGGGUCCUGUCACCCUUCUACCACAGCAGUGGUCUAUCUACUGUAUUAUAUUUCAGUUCCUACACUAGUUUUUCUGUCGGUGUGGAUCUUCUUUAUUUUUUCAUCCGGGGCGAUUGCAGUGAAACGGCUCUAAGUGUGGCACAGUUCAUUUCUUUUUGUCUCGGGUAAGAGGGAGGAUUUAAUCGUGAGGGGACUCUGCACCGUCUCGUCAAGCACUUUGUAAGAACACAGCUGGAACAUGUGAUGAUGCUUUAUUAUAUUAAAUUUUCAAUUUAUGCCAAACGCUCGCGGCAUAUUUUGCAAAGAACUGAGGCCAAAGGCAAUAGAGUUUAAUCGAGUUAAAUAGAUUUGGAGACUCGAGUUUAGAGAACAAACUAUUCCGACAGUUCACUAACAGUUUUCCUUUCGCUUUAUAAAUCCAAAAAGUCAACUGGCUUUUCACUAAUGUGAUAGUGUCAUGUUUUGGUAGCUGCUUGGUUUCUCCUGUUUCUCUCUUUACUCUUAGUUAUUUUGUGGGAAUAAACUUUUAGUCCAAGCAGCAGCAGCAGCAGCAGCAGCAGCACAAAUGCUCCUCAUACACCAGGUACACGUAUGUAAGAGGCAGUGUGAUCUCGAGUCUGUUUAGUGACUGACGUGGUUGCAACAACGCUGUUUUUUUUGGGGGGGGGGGUGAUUCUGCCUCGCCUGAUGCUGACACGUUAAAGCUGAAAGAUGAUUUUUGUAAGACUGCCUGUACGAAAAAGCUUUUGGAUGUUACGAAAAAGGAACGUUGGAAUAGUCUGCUCAUCUAAAACUAAAGAUGAUAUAUAUAUUAUGUGUGUUCAGGGUAAAGAGCGUCUCAUCAAAGAUCACAUAAAUAGAUUUAAUAGAUUUUAUUAAGCGAAAGCGCAUGGAGAGCACUUUGGCUUCAGAAAGCAUACGUUUAUCUUUAAUUAUAUCGUGAUCAGAUACUUAGGUGUGCAUGUGCGUCAUGGAAAUUAUAGUAUAUAGCACUGUAUCAAAGUUGUUUUCCUCUUACAGUGAAGGUUUUUAUUCUUUAACAUGCCACUGUGCCACGAUGACUUGCAUUUCAAAACGUUGCAAUUAGCGCUGGCACUCAUUCUUUUUUAUGGUCGAAACAUUAUUACUAUUUCUUCUGCCAUGUUUACAGUUUAAGCAGUGCCUUGGAGUUGGGAAGGCGUUAAGUUUUACCCCCCCCCCCCUCACCCCACGUGUGUCAUAGUUGAAAUCAAAUAAAGAAGAGGCACAACUGUUUCUGCUGCCUGUCCUGUGCCAGUGAAGUGCACUUAAUUUCAAUCUGAAAAAGGAAUCCCUUUAGAGGGACGUGAACUGCUUUUGUGGCACCACAUCCAACCUGAAAAUAUCAAUCAGUUCAGAGAGUUGCAAUAACAAAUAAUAAUAAUAAAUACAUGUCCAAUCAAUCAAGUGUAACAUGUAUAGGAUCCACUCAGAGUGGGAGCCAGUAUAUAGAGAAAAGCCAUACGUAUGAAACAGGUGUGUAGGUGAUGACUUAGUACUUGUACACAGAUCCAGUUUAGACUGUGUGAUGUCUGUUCAGAAAGUGCUUAUUAUAUUCUUUAGUCAUGCUGAUUGUUUAAUCUCGUAGUGGGGAAAGUAGCUUGAUUCUAAGUCUAUUUUAUAAGAUAUGUAAAUUAGUCUAUAUUGAGAAAUAAAAAUGGAAAAAAACGUGAAUGUACAUCUAUAAGACAGAUUUGUAUUUAUAUAAAAAUGCGUGCCACUCCAUUAAUCAAAGCACAAUGUAUUUAAAGUAGAGAGAGAUUUUGUUUUUUUUUCUUCCUCGGUCGCUCGGCAGUCGUCGAACUUGUCAGCGCGUGGUCACUUCUAGUGCGGCGAGACCAGCUGUGUGUGUGUGUGUGUGUAUGUGGACAGUUACUCCAACUGUGACUCUGACACGAGUGGCUACUCACAGCUUGGCGCUCUGGACUCUCGGACCCGGGAGUUGAUUUGCCGGCGUGGGGUCGACAGACUGUUGAUAAGCUCGGGUGACGACAUGGAUCACCACAGAGUCGGUACAGAGGUGAAGGGCCACGCGGCCUUUGUGUUGUGAGGUUAUUGGCUCUUGGCUCUUGGCUUUGAUCAACUACUGACGACAACAGACAAAAGCAGACGUUUCAUACAUGUUUGCCCUAAAAAUCAAAAAACCUGCAUCGCUGUGUUUAAAGUUCCAUUCCAAAAGCACACUCUGGCUGUUUUGUCAGCACAAGACGGCAGCCUCUUUAAAUCAAGGCCCUGGCCCGAAGUAAAUCCAAAAGGCUUAGUCUAAGGCUACUAAAGACAAGUUAUUUAUUUAUUUUUAAAGCGAUUAUACACUUAGAAAUACAUACUUAUGAGUAGUAUAUUAACUUUCUACCAAUAUAUGCUCCUCAUUGUCACACACUGCACCUUAAAAAUCUAAAUUUCACUUUUUAAUGCUGGGAAAAAUAUAUAUUUUUUUUGGAUGGGGGAAUAAGGAAAAAGUGAAUCAUCCAAUAAAAUGCACAAGAGCUUCAAGCAGAGAUGAGGAAAAACUUAAUUCUAACUCCACAGUUGCCACCCUCUGUGGUUUUUUUGUUAUCAGAUUCAUAGUCAUCAGACUUUUCACAGCUGCUUCGGCAAACUUUUUCCCCCUGUGAAGUAUUUCUCCCCAAAUUCUCCUUUUUAACAGCCUCACUUCUGUUGCACAACAUAAAAAAAAAACAAUUAUUGUAUUUCUCUCUCUCAGCUACAGUGCAUAAGCUUAGUGUCGCAUAUUUAACUCAUUGUAAAUCACUACAGAGUAAAGAGAGUUAUACGAAUAAAUGUUAAAUAUUAGGUUGAUCAAUUUGAAUUUGGCUGAGAAAAUCCACCACAUGUAGAAGAUGUAUGACAACCCCACAUUGUCAUACUUUUAUUUAAUCGUCCUAAUUCCUUUAGUUCUUUUGCUUAUUUUGAAAUCAACUAAAUUGUACCAAUAAUUAAAAUAAAUCUAAAGCCUUUUGUUUCACUACUGUAUAUCAAGAUUGUAAUUGCAGUUUAUUCAUUCAGAAGGCUUUUCUAGAAGCACAUGAAUGGUGUUCUGGUGCUUUUUCCAUUUUGUGCCAAGAGCCAUUUAAAUCUGGAUUGGAUCAGAGGAGUGACUUCAUGUAACUCGUGUCAGAGGCAGAAGCACCUUUUGAGUCUACAGGCGUCGGAACACGGUUAAAUGAAAUGGCCCAUGGUGGUCCGUGUCACUGUGGUGCGUAGGAAGCGAUUCUUCACUGGUGACUGAAUCUUGGCCGGUUCGUGUGUCUCUUCUCACAGAAAACGUUCCGUGCUUUUACGUCCGCUGGGAUCGCAGGAAACGACCGCUUCUCUCUUGACAGUUUUAAUAUAUACAAUCCUCCGUUUGAGAUGCUUGUUCUUGUUCUGCUGUCGUGAAAUCCCAGAAACUGCCUUCCUGAGACUUUUAGAUGGAUGAUGGGUCAUGUUGUGUUGAGGCACUCCUCUCGCUCUCUCUCAUAGCUUCUAUUUCUAAUCAGUAACGUGUGAAGGGGAUGAGCGGGGCAGAUAUGAAACAGAUCUUUAGACACAACAACAAUAUCUCUUCUUGGUUUUUUUUCAAUAACGUUUUUUUGUUUGUUUUUUUAGAGACGGUAAACAUGUUGUUUUAGUGUGUGCGCGCGCGUCUGUGUUACUCGUGAGUGGUUAACUCCUGAUUGUAUUUCAUAGACUGAUGAUAAACUUCAAAUUUUCAGAGGAUUAUGUUGAAUGAAUUCAUGUCUUAAUACAGAAUUGUUUGAAAAAUAAAAUACCUUGAUCUCA